GAGAGUUCCGGUCACAGAGGGCGAGAGGAGGAUCACUGAUAGCUGGGUUUACGCGCGUGGAAGUCCGGUGUUGAAUCAAACAUGGAAUCAUCGGAGGAUGCCGGUGCCCAAAGCCUUGCCAGCUCCUCGGAAGAGAAUUAUUUUGUCACGUACACGUUCACAGAUCGAUCGCACAGCAGCAGAGUGGCUCAGAGCAUCAUGAAGCUGUGUAUGGAGGACGAGUUGUUUGCGGACGUCACCAUCCUAGUGGAAGGAAAGGAGUUCCAGCUUCAUCGGCUGGUGCUGUCGGCUCAGAGCUGUUUCUUUCGCUCGAUGUUCGCUUCAAACCUUAAGGAAGGCCGCGACCGCGUGAUAGAGCUCCAAGACGUUAGCGAGAGUGUCUUUCAGCUGCUGGUGGAUUAUAUCUACCAUGGGACAGUGAAGCUGAGACUGGAGGAGCUACAGGAGACGUACGAGGUGGCGGAUAUGUACCAGCUGACUGCGCUCUUUGAAGAGUGCUCUCGUUUUCUGGUCCGGACUGUGCAGGUCCAAAACUGCCUGCAAAUCAUGUGGCUGGCCGACCAGCACAGCGACACGUUGCUCUACACGGCGGCCAAGCACUGCGCCAAAACCCAUCUCUCCCAGCUCUACGACACGGAGGACUUCCUUAACCUGCCCUUGCGGCUCCUGAAGGACAUCAUUGCAGACGGAGUACCGUGUUCACAGAAUCCCACUGUUGCUAUAAAAAACUGGAUACACUUCAACAAGGAGGAGCGGGAGGAAUUCUCAGACAUCCUACUAUCCAGCCUUAAGGAAAUUGGAGAGAAUGUGCAUAUUUACCUGAUUGGGAAGGAGGAAUCUCGCACCCACUCCGUCGCCGUUUCGCUGCACUGUGCCCAGGAUGACUCCAUCAGUGUAUGUGGGCAGAAUAGUUUGUGCCACCAGAUCACAGCAGCCUGCAAACACGGGGCUGAUCUGUACGUGGUGGGGGGCUCCAUCCCAAGGAGGAUGUGGAAAUGCAACAUGGAGACGAUGGAUUGGGAGCGAUGCGCCCCUCUCCCCCGAGACCGCCUCCAGCACACCCUUGUAUCCGUGCCCAGUAAAGAUGCCAUUUAUUCCCUUGGGGGCAAGACCCUGCAGGAUUCUUUGUCCAAUGUAGUCAUUUACUAUCGGGUGCAAGACAACGUCUGGACGGAGACGAGCCAGUUAGAGGUCUCCGUGUCUGGAGCGGCUGGUGUGAACCUUAACGGGCUCAUCUAUCUGAUGGGUGGAGAGGAGAACGACCUGGACUUUUUUACCAAACCCUCACGCCUCAUCCAGUGUUUUGAUACCAACACGCAGAAAUGCCACGUGAAGCCGUAUGUCCUACCCUUUGCAGGCCGCAUGCAUGCGGCUGUACACAAGGAUUUGAUAUUUAUCAUUGCAGAGGGAGACCCGCUGGUCUGUUACAAUCCGUUAUUAGACAGCUUCACGCGGCUCUGCCUGCCGGAGGUGUGGAGCUCCAGGCCCUCCUUGUGGAAAAUCGCCAGCUGCAAUGGCUGCAUCUAUGUGUUCCGAGACCACUACAAGAAAGGGGACGCCAACACCUUCAAGCUGAACCCGGCCACCUCCGUGGUGACUGUAACCAGCGGCAUUCGGUUUUUGCUGACCAACCUGCAGUUUUUACUGGCGUGAUCCCGGUACUCGCGGUAUACCCGGCAGCCUGUAAUCUUAAUAGAAUAGACUAUGAAUCUGAAUAGACUAUGUUCCAAAGAGUUGACGGGACCAAUUACUACUAUUCAGGAGGGCUUAAUGUCAAAUGUUGUGCCAGCCUAGUGGCUUCAAUCAUGUUAAAUGUUUUGUGCUACUCAGUCUUUCCAAAGUUUGUUUCUAACAAGAUAUAUAGAUCUAUAUAGAUCUAUAUACAUAUAUAUACGUUUAUUUUUGAACCAGCGUCUUUAAGUGCCCAUUAAUUUGUCACUGCUGUAGACAUGUAAGGCGAAAAGUUCUUCAGCCUCCUCCUUGGCUCACCCCCUAACAUAAAGCAAAAGGGGGAGCAAUUAUUUCCCAUUAAAGUU